CUUCUUUUCUCAUCUCAUUCAACUUACCUUCCUUUCCUUUCCUUUCUUUUCUCUUCCCCUCAAUCCUCCAAACCCUCUCAUCGUUAGUUGUUUGUGUACUCCUUCUCUCUUGACUUGUUCAAGAAUCACAAGAUCCUGGUGAUCAACCAACUAUCAAAAGUUCAGUUCAAAUAACAUCUCACUGGGUGCAGCGCACCGAUCCAUUCCCACUCUCGCAUUCCUCUUUACCCCUCUAUCAAUCAUAGAGAAUACAAGAAAACAUCUCUCUCAAGAUGCACGCUCUUUAUUAUCUUCUCCCUCUUCUUCCUCUCACCUUAGCAAAUCCUUCCAACCCCAAAGCUCGACAUGUAACCAAUCUCAACCCUCAUACCGCCCGCCAUCUCGUACGUUCCCCCCGAGUCGACGAAGCAAUGGCCGCUACUGCCAUGUUAGCUAGAGAUGGAACAAAUUCGGAUUCACAUCAAAAACGAAAAGUUUCUGUGAAAGGUCAUACGGCACAGAGAAUGAUAAGAAGGAGAAAGAGAGCUUCUUGUGUAGUUCCACCUACUCCAUCAUCAUCUUCUUUCGAUGCUAAACUUGCCGCUCCUGUUCCUUCUACUUCACCACGGACUAACUCGAGUACAUCUCUCAGUGUACAAGAUGUACAAACUAGUUCUAGUAUGACUUCCUCUACCCCUGCGUCGACACCUUCUACGAAUUCUACGACACCUUCGGGGAAUACUGGAAAGAUGGGAGCUGUCAUGCCUUUAUCUACAAAGGAUUAUUGGACUACAAGUACGGAUUCUGGUAAUGCCAUGUCAUUCAACGACGCACUCAACCCACUUUUCGCAGGAAAAAUGCCUUCCUCCACUACCGCACCAGAUGGUUCUACAGCUCUCGUAGCUACUUACCCAGCUGGUAUCUACGGUCUUUCCGGUUCCGGAUUCAAUUUCUACACCGAGGGUAUACACUCAAAUGUCGACGUCACUUCAGCUAAUGAAGUUCUUUUAUCUUAUUCGGUAUUUUUCGAAGAUGGAUUCGAUUUCAAUAAAGGUGGUAAAAUGCCUGGUUUCUUCGGUGGUACUUCAUUAGAUUCAGCGAAAACAUGUUCAGGAGGUAGACAAGAUGGUCGUAGUGAAUGUUUUUCAGCAAGAUUAAUGUUUCGUACCAAUGGAAUGGGAGAAUUUUAUAAUUAUUUCCCAACUAGUGCUACUCAACCAACCGGUUAUUGUUCAACACCACCAAUGUCAACUUGUAAUCCUGAUUAUGGUGAUUCUAUAGGAAGAGGUUCUUUCAAUUGGACACCUGGACAAUGGGUGACUGUAGCUCAAAGAUUGAAAAUGAAUGAUGUCGGUCAGAAGAAUGGGGAACAGGAAUUGUUCGUUAAUGGGAAAUCUGUACUUUCGUUGAGUAAUUUAGAGAUUGCUGUGGAAGAGGGAACAAAGGUUUAUGGGAUUAUGGCACAGACUUUCUUUGGUGGUUCAGGUUCCGAUUGGGCAUCACCAAAAGAUCAAAGUGCCUAUUUCAAAGAUUGGACACUUGCGGUUCUGUCUUAAUUCUUAUCAUCAUCUCUUCAUCUCGUAUCUCCAAACAUCAUCUCCUCUUUCAAUCAAACAAUCCGCCCAGUGGGAAUUCUCGACGAUAUCUCAUCUCUGUCAAUAAAGUGACAUUGUGAAUAACUGUACAUAUGGGAUUAAAGGAUCAAACGGGCUGGAUCCCAUGUAAUAGUCUAUCUUAGUCAUACAAGGACAGGUCCGACGCAGCGCGUAAUGUAUGCAUUGUUUGUUUGUUUUGGUG